AUGGCGGAAUUCCCCACACUUGGCCGGCACUGCGGCGUCGAUUUGUGCAACCAGCUUGAUUUCCUCCCGAUCAAAUGCGACUCGUGUAGCGACACUUUCUGCAUUACACACUUCUCCUAUGAUAAUCAUGGAUGCGCCGGAUUGCAUAAAAAGAAUGUUCAAGUUCCGGUUUGCCCUAUGUGCAGUCAGCCAGUCCCGUGCCCGAAGGGGAGCAGCAUCGACGCUUUGGUCGAUCAGCACAUCAAUAACAACUGUCCAGCCACCAAAAAGAAGCGCAUCUUUAAGAACCAAUGUACGAAAACGGGCUGCAAGAAGCGCGAGCUGGUGCCGUUUACGUGUUCGACAUGCCGCCAGAAUUUCUGCGUUUCGCAUCGACAUGAGGUGGAUCACGAUUGUGCGGCUCGCGCAUCGAAUAUGACUCCUGCUGCGCGCGCUGCUUUGGUUCGACAACAACAGGGCUGUUCCCGUCAAGCACAGAUGGAUAGCGAUCGAGCUUUGGCGUCGGCGCUUGCAGAAUCGCUUGGCACCAAUCUUUCACCCGAAGAACUCGAUCGACGACUAGCCGAACAGCUGCAAGCCGAGGAGAACGGGAGGCGCGUUGGUCCACGAGCUGGUCAGGGAAUAGCUGAUAAAUGUACAGUCAGC